GUUCUCUCUUGGUUUUGAAGAACCUGUGCUUUCAGAUGUUCUUCUCUCAAGUUUAACAUUGGUGAGCUUCAUACUUCAUGUUGUGUUUCUGAUUUCUGCAUUUCAUUCUGUAUGAUUACAAUGUCUUUUACUAUUAGCAGGAAAGCAGAAUGAUGUUUUAUAUACCGAUUGUUAACCGAAGUCUUUUCCUUUCCCUCAAAUGUUCCCUGGUUCUCACCAUGUGUUCUUUUCUCACAUUCUUGCACUGACUGAUAAACCUUAUCAUAAACACUCGUUCUUGCUACUUUGAACUUUGUACCUCAGAACAAACAGUUCUGAUUGGUCUAUGUUUGACCAAUCAGUCAGCUUUGUUUACAAGAAUCAAUCAGAGGGAUCCAACAGAGUGAACCUUGAGAUUUGUCAUUCAUCAGGACAGCUACAUGCAGUCAUCAUGAAAAGAGCAUGGGCUUUGUUCAAAUCCCAUCCAUACAUCUCCAACGUGGUGGGAUACACAACGCUGUUCGCCACAGCAGACCUCAUUCAGCAAAGCAUGAUGGGAAAAGCUCAGGACAAGGUGACAGAAAACGAACUGGAUAGAUUGCGACAAGAUCCAACCAAUAUAUCCAUUGAAGGAUUUACUGUGGCUGGAGAAGCAAAGACAGAUGAUCUGACUUUGUAUAAUUCCAAAAUAAGUGACUCACAAGGCAAUAAAAAAGCUCCAGUACAACAUGUUCCUCAGCUUCACAGCAUCGACUGGGCCCAGACUGCUCGGGUGGCACUGGUUGGGUUCUGUUUCCAUGCCAACUUCAAUUACCAUUGGCUACGAGGACUGGAGAGGAUGCUUCCGGGGGGAGGGGCCAAAAGAGUGUCACUUAAAGUGUUUCUGGACCAGAUAUUUGCAGCUCCUAUGACAAUAAGUGCUUUCUAUAUUGGGCUGAGCACAUUGGAGGGUGCAGAAGAUCCCCUUGAAGACUGGAGAAAUAAAUUCUGGACCUCAUAUAAGACUGGAUUGGUGUACUGGUCAACAAUGCAGGCUGUGAACUUCUCCCUGAUCCCGCCAGUGGCUCGUACUGUUUUUGUUGGAGGAGUCGCUCUUGGCUGGACUGUCUUCUUGUGUCAUUUCAAGCAACAGAAGAGUGACUUCCUGAGCUAGGCUAUACAGCUGCUCGGCAUUGAAUUGAACCACAUCGAAAUAUGCAAUGCAACAUAAUAUGCAUAUAUGCAGCUUUGUACAUAUAAGGGAUGCAUUAAAGCUGGUUGAUGUUUUAAACAACCAAGAUUUGAACAAA